AUCAACAAGACUAUAAUAGACGGGCUCCAAAUCUGUUUUAUCAAUAAUAUACUCUCUGCGGGGAAGUUGUAGAAGCUUUUCUGUUUCUUUUUCCGUUAAAACAGGCGCCAAACCUACAGUGCCUGUAAGCUCAGGAAAAUCUGGGAUGAUAAGUUCUUGAAUUAAUUCAUCAUCAAAGAAAUCUGCGAGAUAAUGUUCACAAUUAAAAAGAUCUAGUUCCUGCUGCUCCCGCAGCUGCCUUCUUACUUGUUGAGGUGUGUUAUCAGGAUCUCUUAAGUCUAUGAUUUCUGUCAAUUCUGUUGUUAUCUGAUUUAAAGUAUUUCUUUUUUUAUUUGCAAACCCAUAUGUUGUGUCUUUUAAACCAAGACUAGCAAUAGGUUCUGGUUCUUCAUUUGGUAUUUGUUCUAAAAACCAACUGCUUUCACCAUCUUCAUCACUUUCUCCACUGUUGUUUUCUCCGAUCACUGGUCCAACAACUUCAAUUUCUGGAAGUUCUUUACCCUUUUUAGGGGUAAGCAGUUUAGUUAAUAAGUUCAAUCCAUCAAAAUGUUCUCCUUUAUUUUGUUUGGCAAUACGCACUGUUAGCUGACCAGUGUCAACAUCAUAUUGUGAGGUGGACUGUUCAUUAUCCUGAAUACAACCAGGUAAAUGUAAUCGCAGAUAGUAGGGUUGCGAGUAGAAAUAAAACUCGUCGUCAUUUACAUAACUAUCGGUUUCAGAAAGUUUAAUAUGCGGGGCUUUAAUGAGAAUAUAGAUGAAGUCAGCAUCUUGAGUAAUUGAGAAUUUCGGCGUCAGCAUUGUCAACACUGUAACAAAUAUCUACUUUAAUUUUCUCUUCGGCCUCGUUGUUAUUGUUCACAUGUUCGAGGUAAUUCUAAAUACCAAUAAAUUGAAAAUCACUCUGCUACAAUGUUCCCCAACCUUUGCACACACAAAAUUAAAAUUUUAAAGUCAGACAUGAUAAAUUAUUUAUCAGGCGCAAAAAAAAAGUCAUGAUAAUGUUCUACUCCUCACUUCUAUAAUGACAAUAAUUAACUUAAGAGUGAUUAUUUCAAUGCAUAACACCCAUGAAAUCACGUUAGUACAUUCUGCCACUGUCAGAUUGAAAUGAAUUUCUAUACAUUAUAUUUUUUCCAUGUUUUGAUGGAAGUUUGAAGGAAAGAAUUGUUAGUUUGUUACUACUAAUUUCUUUAUUUUACGCGACAGUGCUUUAAAAACAAGUUUUUUUUAUAAUGUUAUAGGCUAUACCUAUAUUGCCCUACAAAUAAUGUGUAAUUUCUAGUUGUGUAUUGUCUGCUGAGAAGUCAUUAAGGCUAAAAAUCGUGUUCAUCUAUUUUUAUAUCCAAAUAUUGUCUUAGACUUAGAGUCUCUAGUGCAGGGUCCCAACUAGUAUUUACAACAAAAGAACUUUGCGUCAUCCACGUUUCCACUUUCUAAAAGUAAGCUAUUUUUAAAAUGUUUUUUUUUUUAAUGCUAAUAAAGGUGAAAAAUAAUACCAUUACUAUCAUUCAUUGCUUUAACAAUUAUUUAACUCAUCUUGGCGACUGUAAUUAGUUCCGAAUAUUCAAAACUCACAUUAAAAAUAAAACCAACAAUUAAAACCAAAAUAAUAAUAAAUAUGGUAGCUAACAAAAGAAAUAAUUUAAAUUUUAGUUAUUCGAUUAUUUGAAGACAACAGAUAUGAAAUACUGAAAUCACUUGACAUGAUAGAAAUUUAAAAUAAUGUGGAGUUUGUCCCUAAUAGUUUGAACGACUUAAGUAUUUAACAGUUAUUUCCCUUUGACUGUCAUGCCAAUUAGUAAUUGUAGGAUUAUGUUACAAGAUUUAUUCAAAUGAAAUCGAGAUGAUUAGAUAUAUACCAGGAACGUCAUUUCCGUUUUUCUUUUUUUAAUGGGGUUGAGACCCCCUACCUGGUUUACCCAAAUGACAUCCCUGAAUUCUACAUUAUUAAUUUCAAAAGGUCUUGACGCUGUUUUCAUGUUGUUUGGACAUUUUGAAAAACAAAAUAUUUGAAAUGUCGUUACACUUUCAUCUCCUGCACAUUCUCAUCACACACACACGCACACUCUCAUCACACCCACACUCUCAUCACACACACCCUCUCAUCACACACACCCUCUCAUAACACACACACUCUCAUCACACCCACACUCUCAUCACACACACCCUCUCAUAACACACACACUCUCAUCACACCCACACUCUCAUCACACACACCCUCUCAUAACACACACACUCUCAUCACACACACACGCACACUCUCAUCGCACACACACGCACACUCUCAUCACACACACACUCUCAUCACACGCACACACUCUCAUCACACACACACACUCUCUCAUCACACACGCACACUCUCAUCAUACGCACACUUUCAUCACACACACACUCUCAUCACACGCACACUCUCAUCACACCCACACUCUCAUCACACACACACUAUCAUCACACACACACACACACACACAAACACACGCACACUCUCAUCACACACACAAACGUAUUCACUCACACACAGUGCACCUGGUUUGAGGAAAUUCUAAAUACUACACAGGGCCGGCGCUAGGAGAGUGCGGGUCUUUGGGCUAAUUGAAUUUUGCUGGGCCGUUGACAAAAGGUUAACGGGUCUAUAUACAAUAUAAAAUUCCCUGAUAAUCCCCUUUCGUCUGCUUAACAUGCGCCCAGGGGUCUUCCCGAGAUUCAUCUCGAAUUGAUAGUAUGGGAGCCAGCCUGACCUUCAGGCCAUUUGACUAUCCAAUAACUCCGAAUAUUGUGUUGACUGUAUUAGGAACUAUUAGUAGGCUUAGGUAUAUUCUAAAUAUACUACUGCAAGGCGCGGGGUCGCCCACUUCACCAUCCCCUAGCGCCGGCUCUUCUACAUUUUAAAGAAAGAUCCCAGAUUUUCCCAAGAUUGCAUCCCAUCUAUUUCAAAAUAUGCAUAUUUUUAUAUCUUAAUGCCUCCAUGUUACACCCCUCCAGUCCAAAAUAUAUAAAUGAAUAAUUUUUUUUUUCUUUCUCAAAAAUCUUUGAUCCGCUACCGGGUGUACGCCCAUGGCGUCAUGUAAGUCAGUGUUUCUCAAAUGGUGGUCCGCGGACCAGCGCCGGUCCAAGAGCCCUUACGUUGCCGGUCCGCACAACAUGAAUAUUCAUGGUCGAAUAAAAAGAAAAUGUAAUUAAUCAAUCUGGCCCCGGUGGCAGCGGUCCCCGGUGCAAUUUCCAAACGUGUCCACCGGUCCCUCAAACUUAAAAGUUUGGGAAACGCUGAUGUAAGUGACACGGUCUCUUACGCUCCAUCUGAAAUCACUUGAACAAAUAAACAGGACCCAAUUUCGGGUUUUCCCUGAAGUACCGCUGUGCAACCCUCUGCUGCUCUAGACGACAACAUAAGGGAUUAUAUGAAGCCAGGAAGUCAAUUGAUUUUUUUAACAUGUGAAACUUCCCAACUGAUGUCCGAGUGCCAAUGUAAACUAAGGUAAGUUUGGGGAGUAGGCGACAGUUCUAUCUCAAUCAUUCAGCCACCUACAGCCGCAACGAGCAAGAGGAUAUUUGCCCAGCUAGGCGUACCAAUAACUGUGGAAUAAGGUAAGCUGUUAGGUCGAAAUAGUUAAGGUAAGGAGCAGACACAGAAGAAUGAAAAAAUAAAUAUUGUUUUCAAAUAUUCAUCUGGUUCUGUUUAUAAACUAAUAGGUCUUGCCAAAAGCUGUGAUAGACCCAUGCCCAAAGGUUUUCACAGAAUUAAUUAUGACAUGACUUAAGGAGGCGAUUCAGUAUGCCAUAUUGGUCAUAUUAACCCAAUUAUUGAAUUCCAUUUUCCAUGAUUUUACACCUCUGACUUCGUCUCAAUGCUGAUGUAAAAAAAGAUCUCAGUAUGGAUAAUAUCAUAAUUAAUAUAAAGAACACAUAAUAUCUGGUCUUAUUUCAUCCAUUUUUUGACACUUAUUAGUCGAUCUGUCACGUCAUUAACUCGUAUGAGUCUGGCACUCUGUUAACCCUUGUGUGCUUGGCCUCUGUUAACCCUUGUGUGCUUGUCAAUCUAGUAACCUAUAAGGACAUGACACCGUAAAAUGAAAUUAUUCAAUAUUUAUUAAAAGCUAUAAAGUAAAUAUAUUAUAAAAACAUAAGGUACAAAUUUAUGCAUUUUGAUUAGCUGUAAUUUGAUCACAAAUACUUAAACUCAUACUUUUUUGACAGUGUGUGUAAAGAAACACUUUAUAUUUGAAUAAUGAAUCAAGGCCAAUAAGGAUAAAGUUGACAUCAGUUGAAAAGUCAAAAGUAAUACUUAUUUAAGGUUAUAUUGUGUUUUAUAUGAAAGACUUUGUUUUAUCAGCAGAAACCAUGGCUAAGAAGAUGAUCCUGCCAUUAUUCCUGCUUCUGACAGUGAUGUAUCUCCAAUGCAUGGCACAGAAAGGAAAUAUUGUGGAUAUGUCAAUGGAUAACGUUGAUAAUAAUACAGGCGUUGCAGUUAAUUGUGGUAAGUUAAAUUAGAAUUGUACAUUAAUUUAAGAAAUGAUAAUUUAUUUCGUUUCAUUUCUGUACGGUUUGAUUACACUUUUUAUUGUAUUUACAGACAAGAACUCUAUUUUGUGUGGGGAAACUUUUAAAAUAAUUUAUACCCAUGAAAUGAUGAAGAAAUUUCUCCAAAUAUAAUUAUGUGUUUCAAACAAAUUAAAUUAAGUCGUGGACGAAGUUUGUGGGAGUUAUCACUUCUUGUAGGGGACGUUCCCAAUGAUCUGCCAUAGCUUAAGAUAUUUUAACAUUAACACAUUUUUUUUUGUAGGCACUGCUGAUAUUCAACUUUCCUGGACACCAAAAGAUCUGUUACCAUCAGGGGAAGUAACAAUUAAAAUUAGCUACAUCCUCCGUAAGUAAUUUGUUAAAUAAACUUUAAAAUGUCAGCCAUUUACUAAUAUAGGCUCUAACAAUUAAGACAAAUUAGUGUACUUUUCAUGAAGGAAAUCUAUGUUCUAACUUUGGUGAAGAAUUUUUUUAAAAAUUAGAGUAUCUAUACCAAAAAAACAGACUAUUAUUUUUUCAUUAAGUAUCUAGAAAAGUUGGACAGUUUUCAAAUUGUUUCUUGUGAACUUUUGUUAACAGCUCAUGUUCUAGAUGGUGGUUCCUUCAAUGCAAGUCUUUACUUCCAUGGAGAUGACAGUCCCUUCCUUGGCUAUGCAGACAAAUUUGACUGUGACACAUUGAAGCAGUACAGUUUACCGGUAAAUUGUCCAACUAAGCACUGUGAGUACAAUCUUUGCGGUAAAAUGUCAAACUAAGUCCUGUGAGUACCAUCUUGGCGUAUUGGAUAAAAAAAUUGACAUAAAAGAAACAAUUGUGAGUUUGUAGAUCAACAUAGCUCCGUAAGCACCAAAAGUGCUGACUGUAGUACCUUGUAAGUCAAGUGAAAGCCUGAAAGUAUGUAAAUAAGUAGUGGCGUAACUGAGGGGGGGGGGUGUGAGGGGAAGGGCAACACUAUUGGGGUUAGAUGUAAUAUCAAAUAAAUUAUGUGUGUGUCAAAAGGGUACACUUUUACACCUCUGCUUCAGCAGUAUUUAAUGAAAGAAUUUACAAUACUCUUUGUAAAUUGUGUGAACUGUAAGAAAUUUGUUGAAUAUGUAAUUACAAACUAUACUCCAAUAAACUUUUAAUUCCAGUAUGAAAUUUUAGAGCACAAUGAUAGUAUAAAAAAAGAAAAUUGUCAUCUUCUAAUAACACUCUCUGCUUUUAUUUUCUGUCACCAUAAACAUCACCGGAGACACACACAUCACCGGAGACACACACAUCACCGGAGACACACACAUCACCGGAGACACACACAUCACCGGAGACACACACAUCACCGGAGACACACACAUCACCGGAGACACACACAUCACCGGAGACACACAGUAUUGGGGCCUUCUAUAAAUGACAUCACGCUACUUUUGAUCAAUUUUUGUAUCCCCCACCCCUCAUAAUUAUGCACUGUAAUGACACAAUGUCACCCCCUAUUUUUUAUGCCCCCCCCCCUUUUUAUGUUGAUGGUGUUUUCAGAAUCACCAGAAUAGAACAAUUCAAAAUUCACAUUUGUAGUUAGUUAAAUGAAACAUGAACAUCGCUGAUUUCUAUUCCAUAAAUACAGAUACAACUGGUUUAUUUAGUGAAUAAUAAUAACAAUACCCUUUCAUCUUUUUCCUCAGGGCAAAUUGUACAUACCCAAAAAAUAACCAAUCUCCAUGUGCUGACCAGCUAUCCAGUGAGUUAUCUAGAAAUAUCUAGAAUAUUAAUUUACAUACUGGUACUGAAGAUUAUAUUUUAAAAUUACAUUUGCUAAAAUUCUAAAAUUAGAACAAAUUGUUUUGUUGUCGUGGUCAUGUUGAUGUUUUUGCUUGGUUGGCAACUCGUUAACCUUGGUUGGCAACUCAUCUAAGAGAACGAAACACUGAUUUAAAACCAAGAGUCCCGUAGGCGGAUAACAUUGACACCAUGAAAAUUCUGACAACUCCUGCAAAGCCACUGUUGUUUCAUCCACUUGAUGUUCCCUUGGGUUAUCCAACGGCGUGGAGAGAGGUGAUUUGUUGUAUAGGGAACCAGCUUAUAAUCCUAAAAAUAAUAAUCCCAUGCCUUGUGGAUUUUUUACUAUGAAGUCUACACGAUCCUCACAUUGUGAGUUUGUCCUGUGAAGUCUACACGAUCCCCACACUGUGACGGACGGACGAUAGCAUGGUCAUGGGCACAAUGGGACAUAAUUUCAAAUGCUUAAAAACAUCAGUUAGUUUAUAAAUAUGGAACUUGUUUUCUGCUUGAAGGUGACCUUUAAGUUUGUGAGACCCUAUUAAUGUCACUGGUUAGUUCAGGAAGUGAUACUCUGAAAUCAUUCAUUAAUAAGGGAGAUAACUCCCAACACUUGAGAAGGGAGAGACAAAUUGGAUAAUUUUAAUGAUAAAAUAUUACCUGGCACUGAGAGAAAUGAAGAGAGAAGCUAGCUAUUAAUACAUGUGGUCAAUUUGAUAAGAGAUGUUCACACUGGAACACUCAAACACAAUAGAAAAGCUGUCACUAUUUGUUUUAACGUCAAUUUCCUCAACCUCCUCACUUUCCCUCCCUAGGGUUAUUACGAUGCAGUUGUGCAAGCUUGGAACCGUGAAAAUGAGGAGUUGUUCUGUGUCAACAUAACGUUGAAGGUUCUAGAAGUCUACAAUGGGCCAGAUGAAUUCUAAGAAACACAUCAGUAACACAUACAUUUUCUUCUUCAAUCAUUAUCAAAUACAUGUUUGAUUGUUUGUUUUUUUGGUGCAGAUUUCAUGUACUUGAGCUUUUAUUUAAUGCAUUUUUACAAGAUUUAAUUUUAUUUCCCAUUUAAGUUGAUUCAUUUUUUGACUGAAUAUUAGCAAUUGACAUGGUCUCAUGUCAGUUUCAAUUUGUGACUGAAUAUUUACAAUUGACUUCAAUGGUCUCAUGUCAGUUUCAAUUUGUGACUGAAUAUUUACAAUUGACUUCAAUGUUCUCCACCACAUUUAAAACAUUAUAUUGAGGCAUGAAUUUCCUUGCUGUAAUCUCUGAUUAUUUAUUGUCAUAUAUUUUAUGUUCUUCCAUGUAGUUUCUUUGUUCCUGUGUUUAAAAUGGGGUGAAUUUUAUCUAUAAUUUAUUUGAUAGAUCAAUACAUGUUUAGAUCUCGAUCUGAUUUAAGAAUCUACAAACUUGGAAAAAUGUCUCAUUCUGAAAUCAGCCAAUGCAGUAGCAUCUCUAGGGUGUGCAGGGUGGUGGGGGGUGCUGACUGCUGUUAACAUUUUUUUGGUGAGACCAACCCUACUGAUGCCACUGCUGUAUAGGAAUAAUUUUUAAAAGUAAUAUAUUAACCUUUACAGAAGUAUACAAUAACACUGGAAAGAAAACUUAUAAAUAAAUAGUGGUUAUAUCUUGUAAAAUUUUCUCUUGUUUCUUGCAUUUACAUCUCAGGAACAAAAUAGUUUUUGAUAUUACGAGGAAAGUAAAUAUUUUUUGUUCUUAGAGUAAUAUUUUUUAUUUAACCCCAGAACAACGCAUUUGGGGAGCAUUCCUAUCAAAAUACAAUCGCUUGCUUUCUUAUGACAAUUUUCUUUUUGUAUUAUGCUUAUUAUUUUAUUUCAGAAAAAUCUCUUACAUUCCGUCUGUGUACAACCCAGGUGAACUAAUAGAAUUUAUUGUAACAAUGCUUUCUUUUUUUUUUUUGACCUGCGAACUCUUUAUAAGUGACCUAUUUAUUUAAUGGCUUCUUUCUGGUGCUUUAAAAUAGGUCAGAUUUAUUAAAAAG